CCUACUGCAGAAAGGAAUAUACAGACAUGGUCACAAUCCAAAACUCGGAAGAACUUGACCAGCUUAUAGACACACUUUCAUCUGCUCGGUACAGCUCAGAGGCUUGGAUUGGUCUCUACAGUGUAAUCAAGUGGAGGUGGUCUGAUGGCUCCAGCGCUGAAUACAGGAACUGGGACAUUUUAGGCGAUGAGCCAAAUUUUAUUGCAGCCAGUCAGUUUUGUGUGUCCUACAGUUUUGAAGCAUGGUGGGAUGAUUACUGUGAAAACAAAUACACUGUUGUCUGUUCCAAUGGCACACAGCUGGAUCCUGAAUAUGUUUAUGUGACUGAAGAAAUGGAUUGGUCCAGUGCUCGGAGGUACUGCAGAGAGAACUUCAUAGAGCUGGCAGCAGUAAGAAAUGACGUGGAGAACAAGAUGUUCCAGAGGUUGGUGCCAAGUGGAAUCUAUCCAUGGAUUGGUCUCUUUAGAGAUCCAAAUUUCUACUGGUCCGAUGGCAGCAGCUUCUUGUUCAGCAACUGGGAAGAUGUUUCUAAUCCACUCGGUUCAAUGACAGAUAUCUGCGGUGUUACAUCUGUGAUGGGGAGAUGGAGGUUUUUAUCCUGUGAAACAAAAUUACCUUUUGUCUGCUACAAUGUCCCCACAGAAAUAAUGCAGCUGAGAGUGACGCUAAGACUGAAAACGGAGAACUCUGUGAACCUGAACGAGGCGGUUCUGAAAGCAAACAUCCUUAAAAAGGCAAGGCUAGAAUUUGUAGGGUUGUAUAUCUGGUUGCACAUUCAUAAUUUGAAUUAUUUUUUCACAAACAAAUUAUAUCUAAAAGUGUGUUUUCAAAUGUUUACUGUCUGUGUCUCCCAGCUCCAGGACAGAUUGCAGGAGAAUAGGGUGAGUGGGGUAACCCUGAAGUGGAGAGAGCCGCCUGAUGGUGAAGUCUUCAAGAAAGAGAGACAAACAAUGAAUACUUUUCUCUAAGAUACAAACCUAAAUGUAUUAUUGUUUGCCAGAUCUUAAAACAGGACACAGAGGCACCUACUGAUUAAUACAACAUAAAAAUGACCCUAAACUCAUUUGACUAUACAAGGUGUUUCCUGAUCAGGAUUUUCUUUGUCCCAAUACUGAUUCAAGUCAUUUAAGCAAAGACAUUGGUCAACAGUCUGAGACUCCAUUAAAGGUGAUAAAAUCAGGCCAUGCAUGUGCUUUUAAACUCAAUAGCUUUAAAGUGCAGUAAAAUACAUUUCAUAUGCUUAGCUGCAGAGUUAGUUCCAGGUGCUUUCUAUUAUUCUGUAUUCUUCUUCUAGUUCCUUUUUUUCUUAUCAGGAACAGAUAUUUUGCCCCAGCAGGGGUUUCUGAAGGUCAACCUCAGUAUGCUGGUCCAACACAGGUGACUUGGUGAAAGGAUAGUAUGGAUUUUUGUAAGUGAGGUUCUGUGAAGUUACAAUAAAGAUGAGGUUUUCAGUCUGUCUGACUACCUGUUAGCUUUCCACCACUCUGAGGAUUUCUUCACUUUUCUAAAAAUGAACAAUAUGUCUUCUGUCUGCUACAUGGUUUAAGAAAGCUGAAAUGUGCAAAGCUCUGGAAUUCAGGAUUAUUAAUUCUUAUACAUCCGGCGCAAGUCUCUUACUUUUCUCCUCCGUCUCACUGUCCUCCUUGAAAUAAGUUAUUGUACGACUAAGAAUCAUUGUUUUUCACAAUAUGGAAGUCCAGAGUAGCAGUUUUGACAGAUUAAGGCUUAUGAGGCUCAGUGAUGAGUUUAAGAUUUUUUGGGAUUUGUGUGAUUUCUACAUACAAAGGGUGUUUUGCCAGAUUAAA